AUGGCCGAUGGCUCGGGCAGGAGCCCGUUGCUAGACGAUGCCGCGCUUGGGGCCACUGCACCUCCAAUGCCACUAGGCCCAGAAACGAACCUGGAGCUACAGCCAUCCGCGCCCGCCGCGCCCCUCACGGCUGCAGAGCUGGAGCACCUCAUGCAGUCGCUCCCCACCGGCCGGGACCCGCUGCCCACAGAGCAGGCGCUCCGAAGCUUCCGCACGGCCACGGCUGGGAAGGUGGUGUGGGCCGAGCAGAUGCGGCAGCUCGCGUCAUCGACCGCGGGCGGGCAGCAGUUCUUCCGCGAGGCCUACGAGCGGCAGCUGAUCUUAGAUCCCGAGAAGAUCACCACCGCGGAUGGGGACUGGGCAUCCCCGAGCUGGGCGCCCAGCGCCCCACCGCUGGAGUCAGCUGGCGAGGCUUUCGGAUCGGGCGCGCAGGCAGCGCAGGCGCUGCUGAGCCAGAUACUGGUGAUCCGCUACGACGGGAGGUGCAUGAAUUUGGCGGCCAACACGUCCUCGCAGAGUUGGACCGACUUCGGCAACCUUGCGGCCAGUCGGAUGGGAGACGUGGUCUUUGACCCCAGCAUGCACCUGCUUAUGGGCAUCGGCCACUCCAGCACCGGAGUCGGUGUUGGCUCCAUCGUCAAGGUGACCGGGUUGACCGAGUCGCCAGAGCUCAAUGGCGCAGUGGGCCAAGUGGUGAAAUCGACAGACAGCCAGCUGGAGGUUGCCCUGCCCAUGGGGAGACGGAUCCUGCACCAGGACAACGUGGUGCCAAACCACCAGGCAGUGGUCACACGCUGCGCCGCCUUUCCCCUGGACCUCGCCAAGCCCGUGAACACCUCCGUGCUCCGCGUGCUCUGGUUGGAGCAGGAUGCCCGCACACCGGGGGCCAAGCCUUCGAAGGGCCCGCUGCACGCCAUCGGUGCGCAGUACAUGGGCAUGAGCGUGUGCGGCAGAAAGGAGGUAUCCCUGGGCGAGCUGCGAAACUUCCUUUGGAACCUGCAUUUGGAUGACACUCAGUUCGCCAAGGUACGCAAGCGCUUUGCCCCCAAGGGGGAUUACGUCGACUACAGCGAGGUGCUCUACCUACUCGGCCGUCCGCAUUUGCAGUUCCCGAACGUGCCAGUGGAUGCCCUCAUCUACGAAGCUGUCGUCUCCAUCCUUGGGCGCAAGCUGACCGCCCACAUCGAUCGGGACUUGGGUGCCGACGAUGACGGCAUCGGCUAUCGAAAUGCCUGUAGGAAGCACUGUGCGAGCUACUUCGUCUCGAUCCUGCUCCAGUCUGUCAUCUGGGUGAACCUCAUUGGUGCCCUGGUGGUGUGGCUCUUCAGCUUGGAGUUCGAGGUGGGGGUCGACACCUUGGACGAUCCGAGCAUCUUCUUGCCCGCGGGCAUCGCGUACAUCAUCUACUUGUGCCACGUCGCCUGCUGUGUGCGGUUGACGCGUGCGUUCGAGAACCAGACGGAAGGCAUAGAGCAGGUCAUGGCUGCCAUGGACAAGCCACGCUUCGAGGAUCCGUACUACGCCUGGCAUGUACAGUGUUAUCACUACGAGACAAGGACUCGUACGCGCACCAACAAGGACGGGCAGACGGAGACGUACACCGAAACGGUGCGGGUGAACACCCACUCUGCCUCGAAACGCGGCGUCAUCCCCUCGGAGGACCGGUCAGGGAACUUUCUGCCCAACACCAUGGCCGCACAGACUCAGAUCGAAACCCGCCUUGAUCUGAACCUCAGUGAAAGCAACUACGUCUCCCGGUACGAAGCCUGGUGUUGGUUUCACCGGUGGGACGUCCACCAGGACCAAAGCCGGUCGGAGGACCUGCACUCCCGGAUGACCAGCUGUCUGGCUGUGUGGUCUACACGGAACAUGCCAUGCUGGCUUGGACCGCGCUGCUAUUGGCUGAUGAACCUUCUGGCCCUAAGCUUUUUCUUCCGGAUCCUGGCACAGAGCCGACUCGGGCACCAGGAGUACACCUACUCGAACCCUGAGUCUUCUUGGCAUGCGACCCUCGUCGGGCCUAGACCUUGUUCAG